CUGUUGGAGGGUAUUCCAUGAUUUAGGGGCAUCAAUGGAAAAUGCUGAUCGACCCAGUUCGGUAUUUAUUCGUGUUACUUUCAGAGGAAGAGCGAGUCUCGUAGGAUCCAUAAUUCCAUUCAAACAAGUCUUUGAGGUUCUCUGCAGCUUCACUGAAGCCUCGGGGGUUUGUACCGGCGAUCAUCGGACCCGCUGAUGAUGGUAAUGUCUCACAGCUGCCCGGGUUCAGUCCUCGCGACCAGGUGCUUCAACCGGCUUUGAGUUUGUCUGCUGAAUGUGAAGAAAUGGUGAAAUGAUCUCGUAAACGUCAACGCUAACCAGCACAGGCAGGACAGCAGCCUGCAGAUUAGCUGGUACAGAUGAAGUCCAGGAGAGCAGGACCUUAUGAUGGAGGUUAUGGCUGGGUGGUGGUCAUUUCUGCCUUCUUCAUCAUGGGCCUCACUGCAGCCGUCCUCAAGAACUUUGGCCUCUUCUUCCUGGACGUCCAGAGUCACUUUGGGAUCCCAACCAGCACCAUGUCGUGGGUCACCUCCACCACGAUUGCCACGUUUCACCUGGGAGCUCCAUUGGCCAGUGUGCUGACGUUACAGUUUUCCCAGAGAGUGGUCAUCAUAAUCGGUGGCCUGCUGGCCUCAUCGGGGAUGCUGCUGGCUUCUCUGGACCUCAGUCUGCCUUGGCUCUACCUCUCAAUGGGUAUCCUGCAAGGACUGGGCAUUUCCUUCUCCUGGAUUCCCGCUAACAGCAUGGUGAGCCACUACUUUGUGCGCUGGCGUCCCAUCGCCUACGCCAUCGCCAGCUCGGGGGAGUGCGUCUUCGCCGUCAUGUUCAGCCCUUUUUUCCAGUGGCUGAUUGAGACGUACACCUGGCAGGGCGCCUUGCUCAUCAUCGGAGGCCUUCAGCUCAACCUGUGUGUGUGCGGCGCCCUCAUGAGACCCCUGCAGAAGGUCGAGAGCCCGCUGCAGGAAACCAAAGACUGUCUGGAAGGCGAUGCUGCUGCUCUCCCACCAAAGAGGAAGUUUUAUUUCCAGUGCUCACUCAUGAAGAAACCUGAAUUUUUCCUCUACAUCCUGUUCUCCAUCUUCGCAGCAGCAGGUUUUUUCAUCCCCCCUCUGUUUUUAGUCCCCCUCGUUCACAGUUUGGGGAUCGAUAAGUACUGGCCGGCCAUGAUUCUCUCCACUCUAGCUCUGGCAGACCUAGCAGGGAGGCUGAUCUGUGGAUGGAUCGCUAACUUGAGACUGUGCAGGAACCUGCAGCUGCUCACUAUGAUGGUCACUCUACUGGGAGUGGUCCUCCUGCUGUUACCCAUCAGUCAGAACUACUGGACCAUCAUAGUUUUUGCUCUGCUGUACGGAUUCCUGUUCGGCUGCGUGGUGGCGAUUCAUGUCACCUCUAUCGUUGACAUCGUAACUCUGGAGAGAUUCGACAAUGGACUUGGGCUCUUCAUGCUUUUUAGGAGCAUCGGUGGUUUUAUGGGUCCACCUGCUGCAGGCUGGCUAGUGGACGAGACAAACAACUACAGCGCAGCCUUCUACCUCUCAGGCCUCUGCCUGGUCUCCUCAGCUGUGUUCGUCUGCGCCGUCGACUGCCUGGUUCAACGGAGGAAAGUCUUAGAGGCUGAAGUUCAUCAGGUGACCACCAAGGAGUAGUGGGAGGAGGGGAGCGGAGAGUGAGAUUCUGUUACAUAACAAAUGAGGGGCCAGAAAUACUCUGAGUUUUUACCUUGGGCUAGCAGCUGGGUAGUUUGACUUUUAGAGCCUUUAACCCUUUCAGUUUCCUGUUGAAGGUUUGAAUACAAGAUGAAAAGAGUUACUACUUUUUACCUCCUUUUUAUGCUUUUUUGCAAUUCAGUCAGGUCAAGUGUCAUAGUUUGGUUUUGUCUCAUGUUACUUUGAUACCAGAAGAGGCAGUAAAUGCAAAGGUGUCUCUCUUACUUAUUGGUUAUGAUGCUUUGGUGCUUAGACGAGCACAGAAAGGCGUCACAGCUGGUGUUUAAAAAUCUUUUUGAAGUGUUUUUUUAAUUGUUUUUAAUUUUCCAUCAAAGAAGAUGACUUUAGUAAAUAAGUACUGGUGUCCUUUUUUACCUUAAGUUUUAAAAACUGGAAUGAAUGCACACCAGAAAGACAGGUCGAGGUGAUGGAUGGAUGGAUGGAUGGAUGGAUGGAUGGAUGGAUGAUGUUCCUUCUCAGCUCCCUGGAGGUCAGGCUUUAUGAACUGUCUUGUUUCCUCCAACUUUUAAACAACUCAAGAGAAGACUCAGAUGGAUUUACUUGGAUUUGGAUUUUUUUUUUCUAUCAGAGGAGAGUGAGCAUGGUCAGCUAUCAUUAAAUCCUGAACACAGGAAGGACAAACAGAUAAAGAACCCAGUACAACUUUUAUACUGUCUUCAAUUUCAUUCAGUGAACUGUGAUACAAGUAAAUUAAGCAAACACAACACAGCUCACUGUCGCAGUUUUACACACAGGCAGCAGGUUAGGUGGUUGAAUGUCUCUCUGUUACUCUAAAGUCUUUUUGUUUUUCUAUUUGUUGUGUUCAAAGGGGUAAAGCCUGUUGUUUUCUAUGUCUUAUCGUCCAAAUAUCCCACAAACAGAAUUAUUCCAAUAAUGUGUUUGCACAUCUUUUCACUGCUGUCCGAUGACCAGCACACAGGAUCCAAUUUUGAUGAUACAUCUGACAUUUAACAAUUUGAAGAGAUAAUUCAAGUCAAACGAGGCUCUGCUUGUCGUGAAUGGGUCCAAGUAAGAUGGACACUAAAAGAAACUUGACAUUAUCAAAAUGUAUUAACUUUUUAGUUUUUUAAAGAAAGAGUAUAGUUCAUGGUGAAUUCAAACAGUAUAAAGAUUAAUUUAUGUUGCACCAUGAACUACAGUAUAUGUUCCAGUUUGAGGUCCCACAGGGUCCACUAGAAACACAGGGACUCUCUAAUGGUUGGUUUUGGUCUUUUUGUGAGAUCUGUUGACAGUAAAAUUGUAUCUUACACAAGUUACCUUUAAGACAAAGCAGGAAUAUUAUUGAUAUGUAUACUUUCUAAGAAGCUGUAGGACUUGAGUGUGUGUCACUGUAAACCACAUGAAGGUCAGACCAUAGUCAGGGGCCUCACCUCCAAAUAACUCAGGUGUCUGUUAAGGGUCGACUUUCCAGUGUUUCCUGCUGUGUCACAUACAAUGUCUAAGUAUGAUGUCAUGGUCAUGGUAAAGCUUUGUACAAUCAAAUCUCACUGUGCAAUCGAGACUAAACGUUUAGUCAUAAAAGAUAAACGGGUUUUAUUUGCUUUUAAUCACUUAAGUAUUGUUUUGCCAGCACCAACACAUGCCUUUUUCUUCUUGUAAGUAUUCAGUUUCUACCAGAAAGAAGUGAACUUCAAGUUGUUUUUGUGCCUUUCUGAUGUUUUAACUGAGUUGCAGCGAAGAUUGUCUUUACACGAAACCUGAUCUUGUAGCAGUUCAAAUCCAAACAUUUCAACAAAUAAAUCACUGCACUGAUUAUUUUAAA